GAGUUUUGGACAUUGCUUGCGUUAUCGCUAUAAUAUGACAAAAUCUCUCAAUCGAGUGAGAAAACAGAAUUGGAUUUGAUCCCUUGUAGGUAUACGUAGCUUUGAGGUUUUAGUGUUCUUCUUCUUCUUCACGUGAUUUCUUCUUCGUCGCGAAUUUCUCUUUUUAACACGUUUUAGGUUGCCAAGUUCACGAAGGUAUGCUUCUCUUGCUCCAACCUUAACUCUUCCGUAUACAUGUUCAGUUCUUUUGCUAAUUAAUUGAAGACCUAGUUGAUGAUCGUUAUGAAGCAAUGAGCUGUGUUAGUUUUAUGAUCUAGAUAACCUUGAGUUUACGUUUCCUGAAUAAAAAAAAAGUAGUCUCUCUUGAGAUUUUGUCACAUGGUAACUUUGGCGUUGAACUUUCUAUUUCUGGCUUUUACAAAUUUUCCGGUGAUUAAAUAAAGGAAACAUGUGGAUACAGUACAGAGGGAUAGCUUGUUUCUACAGUCACAAAGAUUUUUCUGUUUUACAAGAAAGCUCCUGAUAAAAAAUAAAAAUAAAGUAGUAGUCUCUCUUGAGCUUAUAUGUCCACAUGAUCAUUGACAAGUUUGAACUUUCUAUUUCUGGUGAUUAAAGACAUGGUUUUGUUUACUUAUUAGUGAAAUAUAGAAGAACAUGUGGAUACAGAAAGAUAGCUUGUUUCUGUAGCCACACAGAUCUUUUGUUUAACAAGGAACAAAGCUUCUAAAAUGCUCCUAGGAUUUGGGGGUAAUCAUUCAUUUACUGGAAACACCUAUGCAGAGAAGGCUUUGCUUACAAGUUGCAUUCAUUAGCCUUGUUCUCUUCUUCUGAGAUAAUGUACCAAAGGAAUAUUUUAUAAUUCUUACAUAUACAUGUUUCUGUUGUCUUUCAAACCUGUUUCUCUACCUAAAGAUUUGAUGUGGUAAGAUCUUUUUUUCUUGUUGUCUCUCUGAAUUUUCUUUUCGUUGGAACUCUUUCCUGGGACAGAAAGCAAACAAGAACGUUCUUGAAUUGAGAGAACAAUGAAUUUUAAAGGUACAGCAUGGGUUGAAAACGUCUACCAAAGGUUUGAAGCAAUGUGCUUAGAGCUUGAAGAUCUUAUUGUCCAGGACACAGCUAAAUACGUUGAGAGCCAAGUUCAAACUGUUGGAAACUCUAUGAAGCAAUUCUAUUCGGAUGUGGUUCAAGAUCUGCUUCCAGAUGACUCCGUAGUUUCGGAAAAGCCAUUACCUGUUUCUAUGUUACAUGAAUACGCUCCUGUUUGUUCCUUCAAGAAGAAAAGAGAAAGCUUCAGCGGGAAAAACAGAGAUGUGAAGCAAGAACAAGAGGUAACUGAGGGGGAAAAGAGUGGAUGUGAAAUGAAAUUGCGUGGUCUUGAUGCAGACUCGACUAGUCCAUCAACGGUUCAUAAUACUCGUCUCAGAAAUGAUGUUGGAACUGUAAAGUCAAGUGAUUCUCCUCGAGGUGAAGUAGCAACACUCAACUCUAAAGAGGAGGAUUCGAUGCAAACUAGUUCGAGUUCUGUCCCAGAACAGCUUAGUGGAAGAUCAGUUGAAGAAAGCUGUAUCAUUGUGGAUAGAGACGAAUUGCAUUGUGUUUUUCCUGACAGGAAGGAGAAUGACAAACACAAACCUUACAAGAAGAUCCGAGACGCUAUAUUUUCAAGAAUGAAGCAAAACAGAGAAAAAGAAUACAAGCGACUUGCGCAACAAUGCUACGCUGAAGAUGUUGUAAAUGGUAGAGAAUGUGGUGACAAUCCGGAACGGAUUGAGGAAAACCAAUCAGCAGAAGAAUCUGAAUGGGAGCUUCUAUAAAAUGUUACACAUAUAAUAUACGUAAUUAAGCACCAUCUCUUUGUAAAUAAAGAAUGUACAUAAGUAAAACAUAAGAAGCAACUUAAAAGCUUCCUCUGGUUUCAUAAUGAAUAAGGCUCUUAUCUUUCUGUGACAAAAAAAAAAAAAAAAAAGGCUCUUAUCUUUAUAAGAUUGUU